AUGAAGACACUAAUGACGACAGUACAUCAAGGUAUCCAACACAUCAACAACAACAGCAUCAACAACAACAUCUACAAAAACUUUUUAUUGACACCUCAAAACAAGCUCAACAAAAUCGAAAACGACAGUACAAAACAUCUCAUUCCAGAUCAGACCUCUCUGUCAGACAUUCUCCUAUACAAAAAAGCACCAAUGCACUUACCAACAAUAGAUGAUUCGAAAAAGCAGAAGAGACAGACGAAUGACGAGGGCCAGGCAGUCUUCUUGAAGGUUGGCACAUUGAACGUGGCGUCAUCUGAAAACUGGCAAAAGUACAUACCUGCUAUGAUGCGUGAGAGGCGGUUCGAUUUCUGCUGCCUGCAACGAAUUAAAAUGUCGCACCGUCUGUUGACAGAUAUCGGCGCCGGUAAUAAACUGUUCUGGACGGGUAGGAGUAAUGAGGGCGUGGCUAUCGUCGUCUGCGGAAAGUAUGCGCAUAAAGUUCAAGACGUUGUGAAAGUUCAUGAUCGGAUCAUUCAUCUGAAGGUCAGAACAGACAAACAUCAUCUGCUCAAUGUAUUUUCAGUUUAUGCGCCUGAGUCAGAACGUUUCUUAGAUGAAAAGGAAGAUUUUUAUUUUCAACUAAAAGAUUUGAUCGUUGGCAUUGAUGAUUCAGAGUUGGUCGUUAUCUGUGGAGAUUUUAAUGGCCAGGUGGAUUGUGAUCGGGGGCACGAUAGGGGGGUACAUCUCGGUAGGACGGUGGGCGAGCAAACCUUCGAAGGGGCACUGCUCUGGAAGUUCGCAUCAGAAAUGAAAUUGUCACUUGCCAACCUUUGUUCCAAAAAAAAAUUCGAAUCUUUGGUAACGAACAAUGUUGGAGGAGAUGGCAGGGUGUUUGAUUAUAUUUUGGUGCCAGAGAAAGAUAAAAGAUGGCUGAAAAAUUGUUUUACUUCGAAAGUUGAGAAUGAUUGCCAGCAUAGGAUGGUAGUUGCCAUAUUGAGAAUUGAGGUUGGAACAAGAGAUCGAGAUAUUCGUCUUAAAUCCGGACUCUGA